AUGUCCUCAAUAUCUGAAAAUUCCAUAGAAACUCAGCUCACUAAUAAACAAACAGAAGCACAACAAAAUACAGUAAUAACUAAUUAUAUUCAAUUUUUCAGUAGAUUAUUUAUUAUUAAAAGAGUAGUUAAAGAAGAUGAUUUAACCCAAUUAAUUCAAACUCACUUUACUUCUCUUUCAAUUUCUUCAAUUAUAAGAGAACUUAAUCAAUCAUUUCAAGCAUUACAUAUGGAAAUACGUAGAUCUAUUAAUCAAAACACUGGGGAUUAUGUUUAUGUAUUAAUAACAACAAAUCUUGAUGAAAUAAAUCAAGUUGCAUGUAUAUUUGAUCAAAAUGAUUUAAAAAAAGUAAAUGAAUUAAUAGAAUUAUUAAUAAAUAAUAAUUAUAAAAUACAAAGAAAUUCAUUAGAUGAUGAAUAUGAUUCAGUUUGUAAUAUCUUAAUCGAACUUAAUUAUCUUAAUGAAAUUUCAGGAAUACUUACCUUUGGACCUUGUUAUUUAGUUUCAGAAGAAGCAUCUGAAUUACAAUUACCUCAUUGUGAAAUUUGUAAUUUACCUGGAACAAUAGGAACGUUUUGUCCAAAUAGUACUUGUCAAACAUUUUAUCAUUUAUUAUGUUUAAAACGUUUAGGAAGAGAGAAUCAUCUAUGUUCAAGUUGUAAAACUCAUUUAGAUUAUAAUUAA